GGGUCUUCAACCUUCAUGCGCUUCGUUAGCCAUUUCUUCGCCACCACUUACAUAUCCGCAACCCGCUCCAAAACCCUUCUCCCAGUCUCCGCCUCUCUCCGCCUCCUCUCCUCCGCCGUCUUCGCCACUUCGAUCCCGCUGCCGAUGGCCGCCUCCGAGGAAUCCCUCCGGCUGGCUUUGACAGAGAAGCAGGCCGCCGUCGACGCACAGGCCGACGCCGUCCGGAACCUCAAGGCCCGAUCCGGCACCCCGCAAGCGGAGAUCGAAGCUGCCGUUGACGCCCUCAACAACCUGAAACUCGAGGCAGGUGCCGCCGCCAGGCGCCUCCAGGCGGCCCUCUCCAGCAACGGCGGCAGUGCCGCUGGGAGCAGGGAAGCCUUCCGACAGGCCGUCGUCAAUACUCUCGAGAGGAGGCUUUUCUACAUCCCGUCUUUCAAGAUUUACCGUGGCGUCGCUGGGCUUUACGACUACGGUCCGCCCGGGUGCGCCGUGAAGUCCAACGUCCUUGCGUUUUGGCGUCAGCAUUUUGUCCUGGAGGAGAAUAUGUUGGAGGUCGAUUGUCCCUGCGUCACUCCUGAGAUUGUUCUCAAGGCCUCUGGACAUGUGGAUAAAUUCACUGAUCUGAUGGUUAAAGAUGAGAAGACAGGGAUGUGUUACCGUGCUGACCAUUUGCUCAAGGACUUCUGUAAGGAGAAGCUGGAGAAGGACCUGACCUUGUCCUCAGAGAAGGUCACAGAGUUCAAACAUGUCAUCGCUGUGUUGGAUGAUCUUUCUGCUGAGCAAUUGGGAGCAAAACUAAAAGAGUAUGGGAUCACAGCUCCUGAUACCAAGAAUCCACUUUCUGAUCCUUAUCCAUUCAAUCUUAUGUUCCAGACGUCCAUUGGCCCAUCAGGCCUCAGCCCCGGAUUCAUGAGGCCAGAAACUGCACAGGGGAUCUUUGUGAAUUUCAAAGACUUGUACUAUUACAAUGGGAAAAAGCUUCCAUUUGCAGCAGCUCAGAUUGGUCAGGCAUUUAGAAAUGAGAUUUCACCUCGCCAAGGUCUUCUAAGAGUUCGUGAAUUCACUCUAGCUGAGAUUGAGCAUUUUGUGGAUCCUGAUGACAAAUCUCACCCUAAAUUUAGUGAUGUUGCUGAGCUUGAGUUUUUGAUGUUCCCAAGGGGGGAGCAACUUGCAGGAAAAUCGGCGAGCCCAAUGAUUCUAGGCAAAGCAGUCUCAAAGGGAAUUGUCAAUAAUGAAACACUAGGCUACUUCAUCGGGAGAGUGUAUCUCUUUUUGACACACCUUGGAAUAGACAAAGAUCGAUUGCGAUUCAGGCAGCACCUUCCAAAUGAAAUGGCGCACUAUGCUGCAGACUGCUGGGAUGCAGAGAUAGAGUGUUCAUAUGGUUGGAUUGAAUGUGUUGGAAUUGCCGAUAGAUCUGCUUAUGAUUUACAGGCUCAUUCAGAAAAAAGUGGCAUUCCACUGAUUGCUCAUGAGAUAUUUUCAGAAGCAAGAGAAGUCGAAAAAUUAGUUAUUGUGCCAUCAAAAAAAGAACUUGGUCUUGAGUUUAAGGGAGAUCAAAAGAUGGUUGUUGAAGCACUGGAGGCUAUGAAUGAAAAGGAAGCUAUGGACAUGAAAACUACUUUAGAGUCGAAAGGGGAAGUGGAUUUCCAUGUUUGUACUCUGGGGAAAACUGUCUCCAUCAAGAAAAACAUGAUCUCGAUUGGUUUGGAGAAGAAGAAGGAACAUCAAAGGGUUUUUACACCUUCUGUCAUCGAGCCAUCUUUUGGUAUUGGGCGGAUUAUAUACUGCCUUUUCGAACAUUCUUUCUACACCAGACCAAGCAAAGCAGAGGAUGAGCAGCUGAAUGUUUUCAGUUUUCCUCCACUUGUGGCUCCCAUCAAAUGCACUGUCCUCCCAUUGGUCAAGAUACAAAAGUUCGAUGAUGUUGCCAAAGUCAUUGCAAAAUCACUAACAGCAGCUGGGAUAUCGCACAUUAUGGACACAACAGGUACCUCAAUAGGCAAGCGAUAUGCGAGGACAGAUGAGAUUGGUGUACCCUUUGCCAUAACUGUCGAUUCGACCACCAGCAUUACCAUCCGAGAGCGAGAUAGUAAGCAGCAGAUUCGUGUAAGCAUUGACGAGGCUGCUUUGGUCAUGAAAGAGAUAAUAGAUGGACAAAGCACAUGGGGCGACAUGGUGUGGAGAUAUCCAACCCAUUCAGCUACACAUGCUGAAGACGAAUUGAUGGAAUAGGAAGAUCAGAUUCACAGAGAAACCAGUAAACAUACCACCAGAUUAUGAUCGAGACGAUAUUUGGGAAUAAAUGAAGGAUGCAUAAAAUACCACCAAGGAGCACAUGUAUUUUUCAAAACAGUGAAAUUGACAACGUCAAAGACCUAGUUCAUCAGAUGAAACUACCAUGGCUAAUAAACAAGAUAGACUUUGCACAUUGUUCAACAAAGGAUACUUUAUCUGAAAGAAAAAGUAGACAACCGAUAUGUUUUCAUAUUUUGGGAAUAGGGUUUACGAUUAUGAACACAGUACAAACAAUGUAAUUGUUCUCUGUGUGAUAUUUUCAUCUUAAAAAUACAGUGUGCAUCAAUUCAACAACA